AUGCAAAACGCCUACAAGCAUGGUUUAAUUGAGGAAGCGAUUGAAAAGAAUUGUAUUACAGUUCCAAAUAUGCAAAAACUUGAUGUAAAAGUAAAAUGGAGCGGGAAAAUAUAUGAGUUAGAAUUAGAUCUUGACGACACAUCAGAAGUUUUUAAACAUCAAUUAUAUAGUCUGACAGGUGUUGAACCUGAAAGACAGAAAAUAAUUGGAAAAGGAAGAUACAAAUUUGAAAAAUUUGGAUCUUAA